AUGCUAUUAUGUAAUCUUAAACACCUUGUCACAGUGAGCUAUAGUGUUAUUAAGUUAUCAUACGGAUACUUUCUGUCCUCACAGAACUACCGCCCAUCUCCACAUCUCUCUCAGACACCGUUGCAGCAUCCACACAUCACCACAUCAAAUCCACAUGAACCUGCCCAUAAUUCACCCAGCAGCUUCACUCAGAAUGGAAGAGCCACUCCUCAUUUAAUCAGCGCAGACUUCCCACCCGGCAACUCAUCACAAAAUGAAAGAUUUACUCAUCACAAUUUAGCCAUCCCAGAUUUACAAAAUGGCAUUUCAUCACAGAAUGGAAGAUUUACUCCUCAAUUAACUACUCCUGAUUUGCAACAUAGCAGCUCAUCACAGAAUGAAAGAUUUACUCCUCACUUAACUACCCCUGAUUUGCAACCUAGCAGCUCAUCACAGAAUGUAAGAUUUACUCCUCACUUAAACAGCCUAGAUUUUCAAGCCGGCAGCACAACACCUGACCACCGACGGACAACGUUUAGAGAAAGUCCCACAGGACAAAGCUCCAGUAAUCCGGACCCAACAUCUGGCUCCAAUAAUUCUAGUCAGUUAAGUGCUGACUCGGCCUCCACUAAAACUUUCAGCACGUUCAAACCACAGAAAUCCAACGCUAGUUCGGAUCCAACAAUUGGCCCAUCCUCUAAAUACCCAGAUGCACAAAUCGGCAUGCGGGUAACUUUAUCAGACGACAAACGAGCCGACGCAAGACAAGUAUCUUCCCCACACUUUGCUUCUAAAACCACCUCCCCAAGACGACAGAACAUUUCCACCUCCGAGCCUGUUGUUUCUGGUGUUAAAGAAAGCUUGGCUCGCCCGCUCUCGAGAUUCAGUUCUGCUUUCCUGGACAGCGAUGGCAGCUUUGAAGAUGAGUAUAGCCUGCAGCCUCAUGACAGUAUAUUCAAUUAUCAUGACGGAGGGAGUGAGGAUGGUACAGUUACUCCACAAGCAUCUUCACAAGCUACUCUUUCCUCCCACGCCCCAAGAAGGAGGUCAGUAAACUCCACGCCAGUUGCAGCAAACCCGGGAUUCCCAGACAGUGCAUCACCUGAUUUUGUGCCCAAGACACCAGAUUUACUCAGGAAGUCUCCAGAGGACAGGACCAGACUUGAGACUUCAGGAGGCACGUCCAGAACACAACAAGCAGAGACAAAAUCCAAGUCACAGCUGGGCACACCUCUCAAUAAAGACUACAGAUCUACAUAUGGCCAACACAUACGCAGUAAGAGCUUGGAUGACGUGAGGGAGUCAGAGAAUGACAGCCUCCUGUCAUUUGAUGUGGAGAACACAAUACUGACAGUAGAGCCUUCAGACCAGUCGGACAGGGGUACAGUUCGCUCCCACAAGGGCAGCAACUCUGUACGAGCACAACUACAAAGGCUGGAGGGAAUGUACUCACAUGUGAUGAAGACGCUGGGAGAGGCCAGCCACGGGACAAGAACCAGGAGGAGAUGGAGCAUCGGGAGCUCUGACACAAGUUCCAUGAGACACCACAGCCACCACAGCUUGCACAGUCGGACAUCUGGCCACAAGCUGGGCGGUCGGGAUGUCAAGGCCAUUGGUAAACGGUUUCAGAGACUAGAGUCUCACGUGAUCACACUGGCCAGGAGUGUUGCCCAUCUGAGUUCCGAGAUGCGGGUGCAAAAUUCUCUGUCCCGAGAGAUGGAGAAUGUCAAACGAGAGAUCCAAGAACUGAAGUCUCAGCGUUCAGCUUCUCCUGCCCUACCUGGCAAUUUGGUGAGACCUAACCGUCUGCUGAGCGACUUUGAAAGGUACCAGGGCUGGGUUCCAUCCCUGACUAACCCACGGAGGGUCAACAAGUUAACUAAAUUUUUUGGCCAAGAGCCGCCAUUACUGGAAAUCUUUCUAAAACAGUUGGGAUACGAGAAGUACCUGCAGAACUUCGAGAAAGAACACAUCGGGAUGAUCGAGCUGCCCUACAUGACGGAGGUCAAGCUGCAGACACUGGGCAUCCCCAUGGGACCCCGCCUGAGGAUUCUCCAGGAGGCUCAGGUCUACCUGAAGCAAGCCAACUUGGACCUGUAUUUUGUUUGA